UUGCGUGAAAUCUUCAGGCCAAGAUCUACCGUUUCAACUACGAGUACUGAAAAUGGCGAGUCUGCAGACAUCUCAGAUAGCGAUUCUGAAGAUGGUCGACAGAAUGGGACUAAUCUCUUACACAGAACGGAUCCGUAUCUCGGCGCUCCUGAACAAAUUUCGCCUCGAAGGUGCUUACCACUACUCACUGAAGAUACUCUUUCAACAAACAAAAAAGAAAACGCACACAGCAGCCGGAGCAGUAUCGUAACAACCACUUCCGCAGAGUAUGAAUCUGUUCCUGACUAUAACAGCGGUGACGUUGCUGAGGAUAAACGAUUGAAGAAGUUGCACUAUGCUGCGAAUGAGUUCUACUCAGUACAAAAAGUGUUCCUGAAAUAUUUUGGUGCAGUGAUUUUACUGUUGUUUCAUUCUGGAGUGUAUCCCGAAUACGUAACAGAGUUUGGCAAAAGGCUUGGAAAGGAUCUUCUAGCCCGUCAAGGGACUCAACUGCACGUGGUGCGGCAAUUACAGCUACACUUCGAACAGCUCAUUCGUUUCCAUCAACUUCUUCUGGAUGAAGUCGUCUUUAGGAGUUCUUUGAAUCCGAAUAUGGCCGACAUAAUCAUCAAGUAUGCCGACUUCCUGAAAAUUUGCAAGCCUUUUCUUCUCGAGAAGUCUCGUUUUGUCCAGGAACUGACACAGCUUCGUCUGGAGAACAAAGAUUUUGAUAAUGCCACUGUUGCGUUCGAACAAAAAAUUUUCAACCGAGGUGUCGGCGCCGUCGUACAACAAUUAGAUCAAAUCCAUCAAAAUUUCAUGAGAUAUAAAAUCCUGAUGAUGAGUUAUAAUAACUAUUUGGUUGAGGGUAGUGACGAACAAAAGAAAACUUUAGAGGCUAUUGCUAAGUUGGAAAAGAUCGCGCAAUCCGUAAACGAGUCCAUGGGUCUGCCAAGCAACGAGGAACUGUUCAAACUAUAUGAUCGUUUCCAGUGUCACUUCGACGUAUUUUACCCCGGUAGACGACUGAUUCGUCAAGGAGAAGUCUUGAAGCAGACGCGAAAGGAGCCACAACCGCGGUAUCUUGUACUAUUUUCCGAUACUCUGUGGAUCUGCCGCGUGAUGUCAGGCUUUGGUUCCUCUGGUCUUUUUGACAUGGGUCGAUCCUAUCGCAUACCAAUCGAGACCGUUCGCACUGAGAGCAGUUCUCAUGAGGACUACGAGCAACAGCUUUAUGUGAAAAGCAAAUACAAGAGCUUGAUUCUUAUAAUGAGCAGUGCUCGUGAGAGGAGCUUGUGGCAAAAGGACAUUGACACUGCAAGAGAAGAAAAACGAAAGUAUAAGAGAAGAAUGAGCGAAGCCAUAGAACGACAAAGACGGCAAAGCUUGGUCUGCAACUCUCAAGAAUCUUCCUCUCACCCCAGUACUCCAGUUGAUGACCAACCUGGGCCUUCCUGUAGAAUAAAUUUUGAAGAAGUGAUUCGGUCCGAUACUAUGAAGCCGUUGUGGAUACCGGAUGACUCUUCAAGUAAGUGUCUGAUGGAAGGCUGUGAUACGGUGUUCUCCUUUUUGAACCGUCGUCACCAUUGCCGCGAUUGCGGCUGGGUAUGUAUCAUAUCGGGUCUCAUUGAUUUGUCAGCUGAUUUGCUCGAUUGGAAUGUUUGUGUAAGUGUUUUUCUACACAUACAUGCACCUCUUAUGGUGCCACUCCUUGUCCCAAAAGGAGGAGGAGUUCAUGAUAAGGUUCCACAAAGUCUCUUCCUCCCACCGAUCAACAGAGGACUGAAGCGUAUGAAUAUCGAGAAGCGAAUGGUACAAGACAGCGGCCUCGUUUUUGGGAAAGUACUGGUGAAGAAUGCCAAAGGAGCCGAAAUUGUGCGACAUGCUCAGCUACUUGAUGGCAUGGUACUCAAGUUUUACAAAGCUCCCUUCGAUGACGAGCCCUGUGAGCAGUACGUCAUUUACGGGUUCGAGCUGAAGGAAAUAGAAAUGGAAAGUGGAGGCACGCAAUUUGAGCUGACUCACCGCAAUCAAAUCAUGACGGAUCGCAAGGAGCACGUCAUUUCGUUCCGCGUUGAACAUGAGAAGAGCAUCCUCAAGUAG